GCGUACGCCAGUCUUGAACGUGUUUCCUAACUGAAUAGAUCGGAAUAUAUCUACUUCAUCCAUUAGCCGGUAAUUCGUAUUUUUUUUGGCCCUUACGUGUUUUGGUCUGUGGGACAAUAUGGCCGAGACGGUCGAGGAGACCUACGAGACCACCGUUCGUCGGAAAGUCGUUCGGACCAGCAUGAAAAUUGAAGAAACGUCUUCAACAACCAAAACAACCACCAUGACAACACCUGCCAAGUUAUAUGGCAAAGAUCUUAGUGAAUAUGAAGAAAUUGAUGUUGAUGAUCUUCUGAAUAAACUAACUGCUGAAGAAAUAAAUAUUUUGGCUAAAGAAGUUGACCCAGACGAUUCAUUUCUACCUCCUUCCCAAAGAUGUAGUUAUGAUUGUGAAAAAGAUCCAACAGGACCACUGAAUAGGAAACAGUUGAUAGAACAUAUAAAUAAACAGGCGAUUGAAACCCCUGAUAAACCUGAACUCAAACCAUAUGUUCCUGGUACUGUUAGAGGAAAAAAAUGGAUUCCACCUCCUCAACCCAUAAAAGAACAAGAAGCCGAUGAACAAAUAGCCAUUGAUUUGGGUGAUGAAUAUGAGCAAGCUCUAUCGAGCGCUACUCAGGAUGAAAUUAUUGAUCUAGCUGCUAUUCUUGGUUUUCAUUCAAUGAUGAAUCAAGAUCAGUAUCAUGCAUCAUUAUUGAACAAGGGUCAGCCUGUUGGUUUGGGAUGGGAUGGUAUAACCAAAGCAACAAAACAAAAAAUAUUUCCCAUGGAACCACCAAAUCCAAAUGAUCCUGAUGAGACAAUACAGAAGGUAGAGGAUGAUGAGCCAAAGUACAUUGAUCUCAACUGGAACAAUAUUAAGAAUAUAUCUAAUGACAAAUUUGACAAGCUCUUCAGAGCUUUGGAAAAGAAUACCCAUUUGGAGACUUUGUCCUUAGCUAAUACUGGUAUGACUGAUCGAGAAGCAGAGAAGUUAGCUGAAUUAUUGGAGAAAAAUGACACAAUUAGAGUAGUUAAUGUAGAAACUAAUCUCAUCUCACCAAACGGCAUUGUUAGAUUGAUAAAGUCUCUGUUGAAAUUGAAAAGUGUUGAAGAAUUCAGAGCCACAAAUCAGAGGUCACAAGUUCUUGGCAACAAAAUAGAGAUGGAAAUAACACAGCUUAUCGAGAAGAAUCCAACUCUUUUGAGGUUGGGUUUGCAUUUAGAGUACAACGAUGCCCGUCAUCGUAUCGCCACACAUUUACAACGCAAUAUUGAUACAAAAAGGCGACUUGCUCGGCUGGGAGCAACCAGCUCUUAAGCGCGAUCUACACGCGCCAUACGUACGUAUGAUUUUGAAGCUCGUAGACGUCGCAUGGGUCUAUUACCUCGUAACUACCUGGUGGGCUACUUGAAGUAAAUCUUCAGUAUCCGCUCUUUUGGACUAGUAGCCUCUCUGGAAAACACAUCGCCUUGUUGCUUAUCAGCCGAGUUCAUAUUUAGCCUAUACAUAUUUACUAAUCUUUAAACCUAAGCAUCGAUUUUAUCAGACACUAUUUUGUUUAUUGCAAUGUGUGAAUGGUAGAGUCCCCUCUUGAAUAUUUGACUAUUCAUGUGCAAUACAUACUUUUGUAAAUCCACUAUCAACCAAUUGUUCAUUCAGCGACGUUUUCGUAUCUUCGACGCCAAAGUGUAUUAUUGUUAUAAAUGUGAAUUUUAUAAAUUGUAGAAGGAUUCUCAAUGAAGUUUAUCACUGCCUUUUUGAGAUAUGAAUAUAACAAAAUUAUAUAUUUUCAUAUUAGACUCAGAUCUAUUAUUGUAUUUUUUGUGAUAAACUGUAAGAAAUUUUUUUCAGAGGUGGACUUUGAUUUGUGUGAGAUUAAAUUAAUAUAUUUUUGCCUGUAUAUAUUAUUUCAGACAAGUUAUCAAUAAGGUAUAUUUAUUCGCUUGACACUCAAGUCAUUGAUAUGGACAGAGAUUCUAUUCUAAUUUUAUUCUUUUAGACUUAAGAUUUUAACAUAGAUGUGUAAUGUUAACAGAUCGAAUGUCACUUCAUUUUUUCUUCAGAGCACUUCAUUUGUCAUCAAUUCAUUAUUGAUCUAAAAAGCAUUGAUUUUUGGAAGAUUUAACAAGAAGUAUGGAAUGUCAAAUAUUUCUAGUCUUUGAAAAAAAAAUCAUUUCAAUCGAAACUGACAUAGGAAUAAAAUUAUUGAGUAUAAUUUCAACAUUAUCCAGCAGAUAAACUUCAAAUUUUCAAUUCUUCGUCAAUGUUGCAUUGAGUGUAUUGUACAGUUUCCACAGAAUAAAUCGUUCACAGUAAA